AUGAAGUAAGUAUAAAUGUUCAAUAGGUCUGUUCCAGGAUUUCUGUUAGGGGGAGAAAAAAAAGAAUUUAAAAACAACAACCCUGCUAUUCUAAAAUCAUAACAAAACAGAUUGAACUCGAAUAAAUUAGUUCUUGUUUUUAAGGACAGAUCCAUCUUUAACCCCCCCCCCCCCCCCCACACACACACAAAACAAACAAACUUUUACAUCGGCGGACAUUCAACCAGUCUUUCUUUCAGUCAAAUUUUUUCCGGCGUUGGCACAUCUGAUCUUCGGGUGGGCAGUACCAGUGGCAUUAAGGUGGGUGGUGAGAGGGUGGUCCAACCUGGUUGGUACAUAUUUUUUAUUGGGUUGGGGACUAUAUUUUCGGUCAGCUGCUGAGUUUUUAUAGUGGAAGGGGUGGCAACCAUCUUUGCGGCCAUUACCGUAACUACCCCUCUUGACGGUGCAUCUAUCAGCGCCAAAUUUAGGCUUAAUGGUGAACAGGACGAACUAUGGUGACAGUCACCAGUAAGCAUUUGAACUUUCCAAGAUAGCUGCAGUGAGGGGGCUCAUUAGGAGGGAUUGCCUUCAAAUCUAAUGUUUUGGGAUGAAAAGGCUUCAAAGAGUGCUCCUUUCAUCAAAGAAUACUUUCUUCACCAAAGAGUGCUCCCUUCAUCAAAGAAUAUUUCCUUCUUCAAAGAAUACCCCCUUCAUCAAAGAAUACUCUCUUCACCAAAGAGUGCUUCCUUCACCAAAGAGUGCUUCCUUCAUCAAAGAAUACUUCCUUCAUCAAAGAAUUCUUCCUUCAUCAAAGAAUAGUCAUUUCACCAAAGAGUGCUCCCUUCAACAAAGAGCACUCCCUUCAUCAAAGUAUUCUCUCUUCACUAAAGAGUGCUCCCUUCACCAUUGAGUGCUUCCUUCAUCAAAGAGGGCUCCCUUCAUCAAAUAAUACUCCCUUCAUCAAAUAGUACUCCCUUCAUCAAAUAGUACUCCCUUCAUCAAAUAAUACUCCCUUCAUCAAAUAGUACUCCCUUCAUCAAAUAGUACUCCCUUCAUCAAAUAGUACUCCCUUCAUCAAAGAAUACUCUCUUUAUCAAAGAGUAUGCAGUUUUUGUCAUGGACUGAGUGCACCCAACUCACCCCACCACCCAUCUGUAAUCAUGGAUCAUAAUAAGAAUUUAAAGAAAAUGUUUCCCACUGAUGUCUAAGCUUAAGUACUUAUCUUAGAAGCCUGGUGUUUUUACUUAACUUUUUUCUGAUAAACGCUGUUAUGUGACCACUGGUACUAACGGUUGUAUAACCCUGGGUUCGUGUGUCCAGGUCUCUUGUGAUAAACGCUGUUAUCUGACCACUGGUACUAAUGGUUGCAUAACUCCAGGGUCGUGUGUCCAAGUCUGGGGCCCGUGGAGUUUGAGCCAAAUGUCAACAGUUAUCAUCUGACGGGCAUCAGCAAUAAUGACAAUCUGUGCCACUACACCGGAGUUGAACCCAGGACUCCCACAUACUCCUACCCACAGUACGAUGAGGAGAUGGUGUGCCCACCGAACAGAUUUGUUGAGUAAGUCCACAGCAUAGCGUGUUUGUUUGUACCGGUAUUUUUGUGUGAUGUGCCUCAUUGGCACGGCUGCCGACUCACUCAAAUAAAAUGUUUGGACAAGUAUUCUAAAUCUCCACAAUUAUAAUGGAAAAGUGAUAUUUUUUAAGGACAAUGGGGUCGUCCAUUAAUUAUGUCAACAAAAUAUGUGGGAGGGGUUUUGGAAAUGUUUGACAAGUGUUGACAAGGGGGAAAGGAGGGGAUUCAUUAGUUGACGCAACAAUCAUUUUUUUCUCUAUGAAAUUGACUGGUUAUUACAUUAUUUUAACAAAUUUAAUGAGUGUAAAUUAAUAUAGUUAUAUAUUUUUUAGUUAUAUAAAGUUUUAAAUUGUUGAUUAACAAGCUAAAGAUGCAAUAAAAAGUUUUUCCUACACCUUUGUGUGUUAUUAAAAUAGACCAGCACAAAGUAAAAUGUAUUUAUGUAUUUAUUUAUAUUAUAAUUCAUUUUUUUUGUUGAGGGGUGUAUAGAAAUGUUAACAUAAUGACUGAGGGGGGGUCAUUGAAAGUUUGACCGUUGUUGACAAGGGAGGUGGGCCAAAAAUUGCUUCAAAAUCGAUGAUGUAAUAAAUGGACGCCCCCAUGUGUUUAAAAUUAACUUGAUAAAACUGAGGUUUAGAAAAGACAAAUAUCAAUAAGACUGUGUUUAUAUGAAUUUACAAAUUAUAUCAAUAGACCACCAGACAAGGCCGUUGCAAUGCAUGAACUUCCCAGCUACUGAAAAUACUUGAAGAAACAUGCAUUCAAGUAAUGUGCUUUAUAAGAUUCCCAAUAAGUGCUACCACGCUCCCGGUACGCCAGCCCCCUUGAACUAUAUUAAUAGUCUAAUGACCCACCCCUUUUUAACAUUGCAGAUUUAUGACACCAACUAUUUCCUUAAAACAAAAGAAAAUAUUACGCACUUGAGGUAUUUUAAAGAAUCUCAUUUGGUGCAGUUAUCUGGAAUUUUAUUUAGUGGCAUCAGCGCCAUCUGGUAGCGUUUAGUGUCAUUGUUACAUAGAGAAUUAUGUACAGCGCCCUCUGAUAGCGUUAGUGGCAUUGUUACAUAGAUAAUUAUGUAUUUUGGAAUAGCCUAAUUUAUAACAUUAUUUAAAAUAAUAUUUUAUUGUGUGGCAUUCUGAUGAGUGGUGAACUUCUGAUUAUGAUCAUACACUUUUUAAGCAAAUGCAAGAAAUGAUAUACCGGUAUGUGUGUAUAUAUAUAUGCAUAUAUACAUACAUAUAUAUAUAUAUAUAUUAUAAAAAUAUAUAUAUAAACUUUGAGAUUUCCAGUUUCGUUUCCCUUCAAAAGUGUAGGCCUCCACGCUCUUAAUUUGUUUAAAAUUUACCGGGCAUCUUAAAGUUCUUAUGGGCUUUAAGGACAGGUGAAUUUAGCUCAAAUUUUCUGUAACUUUACGUAGUGUUGGCGACCAUGCUUACUGGUCACGCUUUGGUGAUGUGUUAGUCAAUGUUAAAUAUUAUUGAUGAGCCUUUAACAAAAAAAAGAAAUUGCUCUUCUUAAAUGUCUGCAACACAUAGGCCUAAAUGUGACAGUGAGUUGUCUUUUCCUACCACAGACCACUCAAACUGCCUGGAGAAAUACAACGUUUCAAUCAAGAAUUUGAAAAGCGCAGACGAACAGUAAGUUCACGAAGCAAACUAUUGGUUACCAUUGUGUAUUGUAUAUAACACUUUAUGGGUUCUUUUUGUAAGAAGUGUCACAGACAUAAUAUUUUUUAAGUCCUCGUUUUAAAGCCAUUUUAAUUGUUUCUAUAGUAUAGUAGUUACUAUCCUAAUGUCUCAUUUUUAUUUUAGUUAGUUUACAUGUUUUUAAUAAUUGUAAAGCGCUUAGAGCUUUAAGGUAAGCGCUAUAUAAAAAUGCCUAAAUAAAUAAAUAAAUAAAUAUAUAUAUAAUUCCUCAGAUCACAUGUCACUAAAGCUUCAUUGGUUACAUUUUCCCUCCAAACACAAUAUUUACCUUUGAGUCAGGACCGUCUUUACAGCAGUGGCGGUCCUGGGCACAGUAAUUUGUAAUGCACUGUGACACCUGUCCCUCUAAAAGAAAAAUUAUAAUUUUGUCCUUUCAAAAAAAUACCUGUAAUAACAUCAAAAGCUUUUUAAAAGAUUAAAAUGUGUCGGUACUGUCACUUAGGUUGGAGAGUAAGAAGAGAUCCAGGGCGGCGAACGAAACUGGGGGGUAAGGUUUAGAGAGAAGUCUCAGUAAGACCCUCCCUAGAAAAAUUUUGAUGAAUUCAAAAUAAUUUACUACGUGAAUUUAGUUUUAGAUCAUUCUACACUUAAUUGAUGUGAGAAUCGAGAAACGUAUUUAAAUAAACUUUAGAACGGUCUUCCCACUUUCAUUCUGAACGCAAAAUAAAUUGCCAAAAAAGAUUCAAUAUUCACUAAUAAUAUUGGUAGCGUAUGUCCCUCGAAGCGUGAGGGCGAGGGCCCCAAGAGGCAAGAGGCCCUGGGCAAUGCCCCAUUGAGCACAAGCCUAUUAAGACGGCACUGCUUCCACCAAUUUCACUUCUGAGCAGUGGCGAAGCUAUAAUAGGUUUAGUCUCGCCCGGGGCUAACAUCUUAGUCUAAAAUGAUUGUAAACAAAAAUUCUUACCGAUACUUAUUUUUUUUUCCCCAUUCAUAUCUGGCAGAAGUAAACUUGUUGAUGAGAGUUAUUUCCCUUUAAGAAGUACCCGGUAGCCAAAUUGUGAUUCGCAAUUAUAAUAUUAAUAAAAUUUGGAAACGUGCUGUCCCUUGCAUUUCAAAUUAAAUUAAAUUGUUAAAAUCUUUGAAUAUUCAUUAACAAUAGGUGAAGCAUGAUGUUUCUAAAAGAGUGAAUCUCAUUGAAGUGUGAGGCCCCGAGAAGUGUGAGGUCCUGGGCCAGCGCCCAGUGGGCCCAUACCUCAAGAUGGCACUGCUCUGAGUAGUUCAGAAGCUUAUAUUUUUGGGCCUAAUUUUCAUGUUUGUUUCUUCUAUCCCAAAUUAAUUACUCGAGAACGUAGGACACUUUGUGUAGCUGUAAAAAAAAGGGAAGUGGGGAGGGGGAAUCAGUUUCAAGUCUACACAAAUAACCUAUCAAUGUAUCGUUUCAAAGACAAAAAUAAUGGCCUUGUAUUCUUCUUUCGUCCUGGGAUGAUAGACCGAUUGAAAUUGAUCCCAUUUUUGUUUGCCAUUUUUAAAAAAGAAAAAAAGAACAAAUUUCAAACUUUGUUUUGACGUUUGAUGAACAGAAGCCACCCUCUUGGGUUGUAUCCGGAUAACUAUCUAUGAACAGAAGCCACCCAUUUGGGUUGUAUCCUGAUAAGUAUCUAUGAACAGAAGCCACCCAUUUGGGUGUAUCCUGAUAACUAUCUAUGAACAGAAGCCACCCACUUGGGUUAUAUCCUGAAAGACCAAUACUCGCCAGAAAGGUUCUGGUGUCAUUGCAUAAUACUAAGUUCUUGUCUUUGGUUUAAAAAAAAAAAUUAAAUAAAUGACAGCCAAUUUUGCAUACUAUUAUCAGUAACCCAUGAGCUACUUUAAUCUCCAAGCUUGGCACUAAAAGUACCCCAUAUAUGUAUGUUCUUUAUAUGUUCAACAGUACAGAUGGAAUACAUGUUAAAAAUAUUAUUAGUAUUAUGUAGUCUAAGAAUGUUAUGAUUUGACAGCUAAAUAUUUGUACAUGCUUUGUUAAGAAAGCAGGAAAAUAGAUUGUGUCCUUUGAAUUGAACAUGUUCAUGACAGUGCAUAUUAAAAACGAGAAGUCGAAAAAUGUCUUUAUAUUAACACACAGCAUGUCGCUAUUUUAAAACGGGGACGUCAUUUGGGUAGGGCGGGAGGAGGGGAUUUGUGCCCCCCCCCCACUGAAGUUUAAGGUUUUAUUUAAAUUGAUAUGUCCUGGGGCGCCUCCAAUAAUAAACAACUCAACAAGCUGGCCAAGUUUUGGUUUUGCCCCCCCCCAACUUUAUUCCCUGAAAAAAACCUGACAUGAUUGCCCUGUUUUUAACACAACAUUUUCCCAUUUAAAUAACAAGGGUUCUUGUGAUACCCCGAAUCAGCAAAGAGAAAUUACAUAGAGCGAAAUACAUUUGUAUAAACUCAACGAUGUCUCAAAAACAAGUACGUUUACUAUAAAAUCGACGCCAUUUUUGGAAUCAGCGCCCCAAACAACACUUGGAACAGACCUAAAGCUUAAGCCAGACACCAUUUUUGGAAUCAGCGCCCCAAACAACUCUUGGAACAGACCUAAAGCUCAAGCCAGACACCAUUUUUGGAAUCGCGCCUCAAACAACACUUGGAACAGACCUAAAGCUCAAGCUAGACGCCAUUUUUGGAAUCAGCGCCCCAAACAACACUUGGAACAGACCUAAAGCUCAAGUCAGCAACAACAACAAAGUUUGUGUCGCAAAAAAAAAGCGCAAAUUAUUAUAUUUUAUUCUGCCAAACUUGUUUCAACUGCCAAUGCCAAAUGCCAGUGUCAACGGUCAAUCUCAACUGCCAAUGCCAACAUUUCCCCAGAUAUUUUGCUGCCAGCCACACCUCCCCCCGGCUUACCGCUCAGUGUUUCCCGUCCCGCCCGCCGAGUACUGGACCCACGUAGACCCCUGUAACCCCUGGAGCUUUUUUGACAGGUGCGUGCCAUCACUUCUUUACUGUUACGGUCUAGUCACUCAGGUGCGUGCCAUCACUUCUUUACUGUUACGGUCUAGUCACUCAGGUGCGUGCCAUUACUUCUUUACUGUUACGGUCUAGUCACUUUUAUAUUUCUUCUCUACCCAAACAGUUACUGGCUACUUUUAGUCCAACGAUCUGUGUAGGUGCUACUUUGUUACAUGUAACAAUCCAUUGCUUUCUACUUCUCUACUCGGACCUUUACUGGCUACUUUAAGCCUAACAAUCUUUCUAGUACCUACUUAGCUACAUGAAACCCACGACUUUCUACUUCUCUACUCGGACCGUUACUGGCUACUUUAAGCCUAACAAUCUUUCUAGUACCUACUUAGCUACAUGAAACCCACGACUUUCUACUUCUCUACUCGGACCGUUACUGGCUACUUUAAGCCUAACAAUCUUUCCAGUACCUACUUAGCUACAUGAAACCCAUGACUUUCUACUUCUCUACUCGGACCGUUACUGGCUACUUUAAGCCUAACAAUUUUUCUAGUACUUACUUAGCUACAUGAAACCCACGACUUUCUACUUCUCUACUGUUUCCCUAUAAUGCACUGCCCCAAACUUGUCUGUAAUCUUUAUCUCACUUCUUGAUAGUAGGGUCCCCUAAGUAGACAAUUGGUGUUUUGGGUGUUUUGGGCGUACUUGACUUCUACGCAGUGGCGUCGCUAGGGCUAGUGCCACAGGAGGCGGGGUGAAGACUUCUUGCCGCCCCACGCCCACAAAUAAAAACAACAAACGAUGCAGUUAGCCUAAGAUGCCACCGCUCCAUACAAAGAAAAAGAGUGCCGCACCACCCCCCCCCCCUUUUUUUUCCCUACGCCCCUGCUUCUACAAUGAUCCCGUUUAAAAAAACCCCCACAAAAACACAACAGCCAUAAACUUGUUCCUUUUCUCAGAUCAGCAUGUUGCAAUAAACCACGCCCUUACAACUGGGUGAAUGACAGCUGUCCAACCCCUUAUUGUAGACCCGGGGGUAAGGCGACUCCCCCCUAUGUGAUUCCGUAUCCAAAUCUGGGACUCUACUUCCCGCCUUGUGACUUCUUCCGGGUCAAGUGUUAA